AUGUCUUUGCAUAUCUAUAUCGCUCACUCCGGUGAGCAUCUACUGGCUGAUCCAGUAGCCUUUGCUUCUCCUGAUGCACUGAAAUCAUGGGUCGUACGACAUACAUCGAUUCCGCCUCUCAGGCAGAUCUUGAUGACUGCCCGAGGAAAGAAUGUGAAGACGCAGACACUCGCCACAGAGACCGAAAUAUUUGUAUACGACCGACAAUAUGUGAGCGAAUCUGGUGAAAUCGAGCUCCCGAUGCUUACUGCGCCCGAACCCUUUCAGCCUGGCAGCCCGCCGGCGUCCCUUACCGAUCAGAACGACCUGCAGGCAUGGCGGAAUCUCUUCAUGGCAAGGAAGACUUGGGCUCAGGGCCUAUCUAGCCGAUGCGCGACGAUCGAUAAGAUGAUUCAAGAGCAUAAUGAGCGAACCGAUGUCAUCGACCGCGCCGUGGGUGUCGCACUCGAGAACCUUAAGUCUCAUGUCGGUAAUCUGGAACACCGGUUCCAAGAGGCUCACGCUUGGGCCACAAAUUUGCUAGAGGAACAGCAGGCUGCUUUGGACGGCUGGCAAGGUGCUCUGGCACAACUAGAGAAUAUCCCAGCCCGGAAGGACUUUCCGCUUCUUGGACGCCCAUCCACACCCAGGAAAGACAACAAUCGGCCGACGGGGAAUUUGAAAGAUUUCGUUGAUGGAAAUGAAGUCCUACAAGCCGGGGCCGAUGCGGCUAUUGCAUUGCCGCGCUUUGCUGGACAAGUGCAAGAUAUUGAGAAGACUGUUGGUGAAAUUGCCUCGGAUACCCAACGCAUGGUUGAUGACACUCUUUCUUCCCCUGCUGAAGAGGAUGAGGGCCUACUCGCUGAAGUCGAAACCAUUGCAAAGAAAAUCGGCUCAGAUUACGAGCAUGUCCUUGGGGUUCCGAAUAAUCAGAAGAUGUUGGCAAAUAUCUCCAGACUAGCACUAAAUCAUACUCAAAACCUCCUUCCCUCUCUAUUAGCGGCUGGUGCAGACCUGCAGCAAGCUCUCGCGCAUUCUGUGCGGCGACGUGGGGCUGCAGAGAAAUCGGCCCUUCAAAAGAUGCGGACUAUCUCAUUCCUUCAGUCACGCCUGGCAGACACCCACGCCCAAUUGAUCAAUCUUGACGUGAACACCAAUGCUUUCGAAAUCAUCCACUCAGUCUUUCAGAUGCCGAUGGUCUAUGGCUCGAUUCUGAUUGAGUCCGCGCGACGUCAUGAGUGGAGCGGCAAGAUUAAGGCAGAUUCCUUGAACCUGGCAGAAGAGAUGGCUGUUUUAAGAGACGAAGAACAACGAAGGCGAAAGAAAUGGAUCAAAAGCAUGGGCGAUCAUAUAUCCUUCGGUGAUUCCACAACCCUUGGGAUUGAAGUGAACCUCCAAGGGCAGGAUGAACAAUGGCCCGAAGUAGCUCGGAAAGAGAUUGAGGCUUACAUAGAAGAUCUGCGGGCGAUGCACUCUCUUCCCAAGUUCGCAGAUGACUUAUCUCAGCAGUUGAAAGACCUAGAUAUACCCACACGCCAGCAGAGACGGCGAGCUAAGGCAUUCAAGAACGGCAGUGUGUUUGAUCUGAGCCGAAGUUCUAUGUUGCUACGUGGGGAUGAUAUGGUUCGAAGCCUACAGGAUGAAAAGAUGAAAUUGGAAGAGCGACUCAAGGGCUCGGACAGCCGGGUUCGUAAGCUAGAGGAUCUCCUCCAUCGCCAAAGCCACAUCAGUCGACCAUCCAGUGGGAAUUUUGUGCCGGAUUUCCCAAGUUCGCCUGCAUCUCCGCAUCUCGACACCCUCUCCAGGCGGUCUUCUGUUUCAUCAAGGCGGGUGUCUAUGACUCAAACCCCGGAGGACAGAGCGCUUGUCCAGCGUAUAGUCUCACUCGAAGCUGAGCUAAUAAAUGAAAGGGAGGCCGUGCAGAGGCUUCAAAAAGAGGCUCAUACUGAGCGGCAGACUAAUUCUGACAAGUAUCAAGAAGCCCAGUCGACCAAGAAAGACCUCAUUGGAAAUCUUGAGGCGCGACAGCGCGAGUUCGAGGAUGAGCGAAGAUACUUGGAAGCGGAAGUGAAGAAGUGUCGGCAUCGAAAUGAGGAAAUGGAAGAGGAGCUAGACAAGCUCAUGGAUAGUCGGGAUCAUGAAAGACAAGAGGCCGAGGAGCGAAUUCAUCAGCUCGAGGCUGAGUUGCAACGUGCCCAUGCGAGCUCGGCCGAGGCGACUCAAAAGGCUAAGGAUCUCGAUGAACGUAUUCGAGUUCUACAAGAGAAAGAGCAAGAGCUCCAAAACAGGGUCAAUGAUCUCACGCGCCAGAAUGACGCAUGGGGCCAGAAAGACCAAGAUAACUAUAACACCCUACAAUCAGCUUUCAUGAACCUUGCUCCGGGAGGCUCCGUACCACUCGAACUCACUGGAAUCAUUCAAGCCAUCGAAGUACUCUCCGAGGGCUUGUCCAUCCACGCUAAAACCGCCGAAGACAAUGCGUCAAAGGCGAUGGCUGAGAUCAAAUUGCUCGAGGACAAAACACAGGCGCUUCAAGAGCAAUUGGAAGAACAAGUCAAAGUCUUUGAUGGUCGCGAGGCUGAAUUGACCAAGUUGACAGAAGAACUUUCUCAAGUGAGAACUGAAAUGGACAGCACAAAGCAUGAGCUAGAGGAGGAACGCAUGAAAUUGAGUUCUUUGCAUUCUCAGGUAUCUGCUGGAGAGGUCGGCUCAGAUGCGCUUCGCGAGAGAAUUGCGGAGGAGGAACGGAAACAUGCAGAGCUGUCACAGAAGCUUGUCGAUGCAGAAUCCAAGGCUCAGGAUUUACAGGAAAGAAAAUUCGAAUGGGAAAAGAGGGUCGAGGUGGCCUCAGAAGCAGAACGACAUGCUCUCACCCGCUAUGAAGGCCGCGGUGCUAAGUGUUACGAGACAUCUCGACAACUUUACUCGCAGGUCGAUAAGUUGGAGCGGAUGCUUGAGCAAUUAGGGUUCGCAAUCAUCCAGCAAGAUGGCCGCCUUGUGGUCCAGCGAGCAUCAAAACUUACUGCGUCGGCGUCUGGACUCGGCGAGAGUCUCGCCCAGUCUGGAAUUGUUUCUGCCAAGCCCGAUAGUGCACUGCUUGAGUGGAUGCGAGCUGAGAGCCCAGAGGAAGAAGACGCGAAAUUCUCAGCCUUUAUGGAAAGCCUUACUAGAUUCGACGUUUCAAUCUUCGGCGAUGUCGUCGUGAAGCGUGUGAAAGACAUUGAGUUACUCGCACGUAAGUGGCAAAAGGAAGCCCGCGGUUAUCGUGAGAAGUACCAUCGCGUCCAAAGUGAAGCUCACGACAAGAUUGCCUACCGGUCUUUCAAGGAAGGCGACCUGGCCCUAUUCCUUCCAACUCGAAACCAGGCCAUUCGAUCUUGGGCUGCCUUUAAUGUGGGUGCGCCGCAUUACUUCCUUCGUGAACAAGAUUCUCACAAGCUCAACACCCGUGACUGGCUGCUUGCCCGGAUUUCCAAGAUUGAGGAACGCGUUGUAGAUCUAUCAAAAUCCCUGAAUGGCGUUGCUCCGGAUCGGCACUCGCUUGGAGGGGCCAGCGAGGCCGCCUCGAUCGAUGAUGAGAAUCCCUUCGAGCUAUCUGACGGUCUGCGUUGGUAUCUUCUCGAUGCCGCAGAAGAGAAGCCCGGCGCACCUGCUACGCCGGGACUCGCCAAGACUACUGUCGCAUCUACACCCAUAGAUGCGAAAGGCAGUAUUCGCCUCAAACGUCCAACGGAAGAAAGCACUGUCGCGCAGACCCUGUCUAAAAGUCUAGAUAGCCGUCGCAACAGUUCUAAUUCCAAACGGGGUACUCCGACACCUUCACAGAGAGCCAACGACUCAACUGUCGACCUGGUUCGCCCUGAAGCUGACGCCGAUCCUUCUGCUGCUGGCUCGCAGCGCGAAGCUGCCCCAAUCUUUGAAGAGCAGGCUACGAAUCACGCUCAAUCUUCGACACCACAGCUUGGCGGUGACGCUGGGGACGUGGCAGCAUCAUCUCUCUCUCGAUCUACAUCUGGCCGACGACAAGGAGGAAAGGGUCGGCCGUGGGAAAAGUUGUGGUCCCUUGAGUACCGUCGUGAAGAUGGUCUGCAAUAG